GCUCCUGACUCACAGGGGGUUUCCGGUUGACUCGGGCUGUUAGUUCGGGUUCAGUCUGUGUUAUUCUCGUUCCGGGGCCCCGAUAUGUCCGCAUACAGGGGGGUAAAGAUGUGGCCCCUGCUGCUCAUUGUGGGGGUGUCCGGGGUGUAUUGCGGUCACUCUCUCCAGUAUUAUUACACCGCGGUCUCGGCUCCGGGACACGGGCUGCCGGAGUUCUCUAUAGUCGGGUAUGUGGACGGGAUCCAGAUAGAUAAUUAUAACAGUGACCGCGGCCGGGCUGUCCCUGUCGCUCGGUGGAUGGAGAAAGCGGGACCGGAAUACUGGGAGAGAAACACACAGAUCAGCAAAGGCAACGAGGCUGUAUCUAAACACGAUGUGAGGACAUUAAUGAGCCGCUUCAACCACACCGGAGGUGUUCAUUCUGUGCAGUGGAUGUACGGCUGUGAGCUGAGGGAUGACGGCAGCACCGGGGGGUACGAGCAGUACGGAUAUGACGGGGGGGAUUUCCUCGCCCUGGACACCGAGCGCUGGGUUUAUGUUCCGGUCGUUGCCGAGGCGCAGAUCACCGCACAGAGAUGGAACGGUCCGGAGGAGCGAUGGGGAGAGAGACAGAAGAAUUACCUGGAGAUCAGGUGUAUAGAAUGGCUGAAGAAAUACAUCGAGAACGGACGGGAGGAGCUGGAGCGGAGAGUUGCCCCGGAGGUGAAGGUUUCAGCCCAGACUUCAGAGGGGGCCACAAAGCUUCACUGCCAGGUGUACGGGUUUUACCCCCGCGAGGUGGACGUGAAUUGGAAGAGGAACGAGAUAGAUAUUCCCUCGGAUGAGGCCAAACAGGUUCUCCCCAAUACCGACGGCACUUACCAGAUCAGGGUCACCGUGGAAGUGACCCCAAAAGAGGGGGACAGUUACUCCUGCCACGUGGACCACGGCAGCCUGGCAGAGCCACGCAUUGUGAUGUGGGAUCCGAGGAAGGGCGGAAGCAGCAGCACCGUGUACAUCGUCAUUGGAGUCGUUGCAGGGAUCGCUGUCGCUGCUGCUGUUGGGUUUAUAUUAUGGAGGAGGAGAGACAGACUUCCCGUUUACGCCCCGACUGGCACGACAGAUGGGUCUCCAGCCGCACCCACGACGUAAAUCUCCGCAAACAGAAGGGAUCCGUACCAGGAAUUCCGUGUAGGAGACGGGAGAAAAUCCCCCCACCUGGUGCCGGCCCCUGCGUCCACUUCUUAUAACUCACAGAAAUCAAUAGCUUUUAUAGGAAUCGCUUCCUUAUAUAUCAUAUAAUCUGCCUUAAACUCGCUAAUAAGCCGCAUAUACAGUAAGUUUUAGUGGGUGAUUCACUGCUUUGCUACAAUAAGAUACUCAGUAAUGUUGUUUGAUCGUUUUCAUUGUUUCGCGAAUUCCAAAUGAUAGAAAGUUUGUUGCCGUUUGGGCCUCGUUAUCUGUAAAUAAGGGUAAAAUAUGGGGGUCUCGCGCUGUAAUAAUCUCCUUUUGAUGAGAGAUAUGUUAAUGAGGGCAAACUCAGUGAAUAUUUGGGAUCAGUCGUUACGGAGGAAGAAGGAGGGAAGGAACCUCAGACAGAAAGCACUGAGACGCGUAAAACAUGGAGGAUUCCGGGGUUCUGGUGACUGCAGACCAGUAAGCCUUACAUCGGUAGAGGAGAAAUGAAUGGAAACCGGGAUCGUUCAAAAUCUGAAUGUAAAUGGAUUGAAAGCUCAGAAACCGGUUGGACCCUCAUAGAAAACUCAGAAAUAAUCUGCAGGGUUUGGUGUUAAAAUCGCUUCUUAAUAAGAGACAGGGUGUAGUUGAUUAUUCAGAGGAGGCCCUUCUUACUAGAUGAGAUGGGGCUUGGAAAUAAUUAUUUUAAGAGCUUAAGCUUUGGGGGCUAAUUAUUUUUAUGAUGUUUAGAUCUGUUUAACACGCAAUAAAAUGAUUACAAUAAAAUAUAUAUAAAA